AUGAUCACGGUGUCCACGAUGCUGCUUGUGGUGGCGGUGAACACACUGCGCCACACGGAGGCCGAAAACUGGGGGCCGGGAACGGGGACGGGCGCCCGCAUGGAGUGGCUGCGGAGGCAGGGAGCGCGCGACGCGGCGCGCUACGUUCGGCCGGGCCAGCCCACGGCGCUGCUGCCGCCGCCGGCCGGGCUCUGCGCCGGCAGCCCGCCCCCACAGCUGCUGCUCGCCGUGCCGUCCGCCGUGGCCAACCGCGAGCGCCGCGACGCCGUGCGCGAGACGUGGGGGCGGGCGCUGCGCAACUCCAGCCGCCUGCUCUUCGUCACGGGCCACUCCGGCGACGGCCGGUUGCAGGAAGAGCUAAUAGCCGAGGCACUGGUGAACGGCGACAUGCUGGUUGAGGACAUGGUGGACACUUACGACAACCUCACGGUAAAGACGCUGCUCAUGCUCAAGUGGACGGCUGACCACUGCUCUCACGUCUCUUACGUCGUCAAGGUACGUUUUGCUAUAACCGUGGUGUAG